AUGAAACAUGGAACAGAUUGUGAAGAGUUUGAGAAUGAAUUUGGCGUUUCCUUAUUGGCACUAAACGAACAGGCAUUCAGUACUAAGGUUUAUCUCUCUCUCUCUCUCUCUCUCUCUCUCUCUCUCUCUCUCUCUCUCUCAUACACACACACAAACAUGCACACACAUAUCCAUUCCUUCAUUUUGAUUUCUGUAAUCUUUUCUUUAACAUUCCUUAAUUUUUCAGGGUCUGUUCUCUUGGCUUCAUCAUCAUCAUCGUUGUUGCGGUUAUCCUCCUCCUCCUCCUCCUCCUCUUUAUUUACUUCUUCUUCUUCUUCUUCUUCUUCUUCUUCUUCUUCUUCUUCUUCUUCUUCUUUCUAUGAGCCUCUUUCUAUCAUUUCACAUUCUUUUUGGGGUCCAUUCCCUUGUCUUCAUCAUCAUCAUCAUCAUCCUUGCCAUUAUCCUCCUCCUCCCUCUUCCUCUUCUUCUCUCUAUGAGCCUCUUUCUAUCCUUAUUCUUUUCAUGGUCCAUUCUCUUGCCUUCAUCAUCAUCAUCAUUAUUAUCAUCGUCGUCAUCAUCACCAUCAUCAUCAUCAUCAUCAUCGUUGCCAUUAUCCUCCUCCUCCCUCUUCCUCUUCUUCUCUCUAUGAGCCUCUUUCUAUCAUUUCUUAUUCUUUUCAUGGUCCAUUCUCUUGCCUUCAUCAUCAUCAUCAUUAUUAUUAUCGUCCCUCUUUCUAUCAUCCCUCAUUCUUUUCAUGGUCCAUUCUCUUUCAUUGUCGUCAUCGUCGUUGUCCAUGAUGUCACCAUCAUCAUCAUUGUCAUCAUUUAUCUCCUUAUUCUCUUCCCCCUUCUUCUAUUUCAUCUUUUUCUUCUUCAAUCUAUGGUUCUCUUUCUAUCAUUUUCUUUCUUUUCUCCUUUCUUUCCUAAUCCAUCUCUCCUUCUUUAUUUCAUAAUCUUCUUUCCUCUCUUUUCUUUACCAGAUGCUCAUGAAUCCUCUUUUUAA